AUGCAAGACUGCAGGCCGUGCGUCACUCCCCUGUCGUCAUCGAUUAAGUUCUCUGCCUUUGGGGGAUCUGCCUUCAAUAACCCAAAGCUGUAUCAGUCUGUUGUGGGUAGUUUGCAAUACCUUACCGUGACCAGGCCUAAGUUGGCUUAUUGUGCGAGUAAAAUCUCACAAUUUGUGCAAAAUCCACUUGAUGAACACUGGAGACUUGUGAAACAUAUUCUGCGUUACAUUCGUGGUACCUCCACCUUUGGUUUGCUACUACAACCAACAGAUAUCACCACUGUGGUAGCAUAUAGUGAUUCUGACUGGGGAGGCAAUCCAGAUGAUCGAAAAUCCACUGGGGGUUUUUGUGUGCUACUUGGGAAGAAUCUGGUGUUAUGGUGCUCCAAGAAGCAAGGGGCUGUGGCUCGGUCAAGCACUGAGGCUGAGUAUCGGGCUAUGGUGGAUCUGGUGGCUGAGUUGCUUUGGAUUAAGAAUCUAAUGGUUGAGCUGCACACAGAACUCCCAGCUCCUCCCUCUACAUAUUGUGAUAAUCUCAGUGCAGUACUCCUUGCAGCCAAUCCCAUUCUGUACUCAAAAUCCAAGCAUUUUGAGACUGAUCUUCACUUCGUGCGUGACUUUGUGACGGAACGACUCAUUGGUGUAAGUCAUUGGUGGGCGAAAUUGUGA